UUAAAUAUGUAUGAGCUCUGUUCUGCGAUUAGAUCCUUACGAACCGAAACCGCAGGGUGCUGGUAACGAUCCACGGAUUCGGGAGCUUUUUAACGGGCAUAAAAGGAUUACUUUAAUAUGUAAUAGGAAACAGGAAUUUUGUUUGGGGAUUUUGGAGAAUCUGAACUGAACAGAGGAGAAACUGAACUCUCACAGCUACGUCGAGCGCUGGAUUUGUCGUGGGGGUCGACAAAAAUCCUCCUCUAAGAAAUGGAAAAACUGGACAAGGACUCUGAACUGAAUGAAUGUGUUGAGAAGAUGAUGAGCUGUAGAACUGUCCUCAGCAUGAAGUAAACUUGCAAAUGUUUUGGCAGAUGAUCUGAAGCUAAUACAGCAGGACAGAUGAAAAGUGCAGGAGAAACAUUUGUUUCUGCUUUUUUUAACAUAAGACACUACAACAGCACUUUUAAGAUGAUCUCUAGACUGGCGUUAUAUUUUUUCAUUACUAUUAUUUUCUCCCUAAAUUUUGAACUCUAUUCAUGCGCAUGUGCCCGUGCCGAAUAUGAGAUGGAGAAUGGAGAGUGUUGUCCUAUGUGUGCACCUGGAAAUCGUGUUUAUAGACACUGCACUGAGGAUACAAGCACUACAUGUGUUCCAUGUCUUGAUUCAACGUUCAUUGAUGCACCAAAUGGACUCAGAGACUGCUUUCACUGUACAGUGUGUGAUCCUGGUCAGGGUUUAAGAGUAAACAUUGCCUGCACUCGAUCAUCGAACACAGUCUGUGAGCCACUAGAUGGACAUUACUGUAUCGAUCAGCACAGAGGCGGCUGUAUAGUAGCACAGAAACACAUAAAAUGCCGCCCAGGACAAUAUGUAAAGCAUAAAGGAACAGCAUUUAAAGAUACUGAAUGUGCUGAAUGUUCAGAUGGAACCUUCUCAAAUGGCUCUCUUCAGAUUUGUCAACCUCAUUCAAAAUGUGAAGACCUGGGACUUACAGAAAUAAAGCCAGGAACACUUUCUUCUGAUGCUGAAUGUGGAAAUAAAAUUCCAGCUGGUCUCAUAGCUGGAAUCAUAGUACCUCUUGUUGUAACUAUAGCAGUGGCAGUUAUCAUAUUAUUUCUCAAAAUUAAACACCGUGCAUCUCAAUCAGCUGUUGUUCAAGAAACUGCAUUAGAGGAAUCUACAACAUUCAACACAAUGACACCUGUGGUGACAACAGGAAGGGGCUUUGAAGGUGACUGUUCUAUGAGGAGGGUCUUGUGAUUGAGAAGGACUUGCUUGUGAACAUCCUCAAAUUGAGACACAUGGGCACUGAAAACAGGAAACACAUUUGGAUCGACGUUUGAACAGCUCUACGAAAAAAAACACCCUGAAAAUAUUAGCAUUAAAAAUUUCUGUUUGUUCCUCUG